GCGAACGCCGGAGGCGAGCGCCUCUUCGCUGCCUGGACACCUGGGGCUGCCACCAAUCCAGCCCCCCUCGGUGGAAUUGCUGGGGAGUCCGGCGUCAGGGGGCGCCAAGGAGCCGGGGGGAAAACCUUGAGGUGCUGGCGGGAGCCUCCAAGAGGUGCUAUCCUCACCCCCACCUCCCUGCGCUCCGCCCCGAGGUCGGGGCUUUGGAGGAUGCAGCCGGGAAAAACAUUAACUUUAGGGCUACAUCCAAAAUAGCAUCAUCUACAUGGGCAUUCCCUUCUACAAUUUCAGAAGAUCUUUGAUAACUAAUUGAGAAAAUGCAGAAGAUCUUGGAGACAGAUGAAAUUACCAAUAUUCAAGCUUUUAGAAAAGGAAAGAGGAAAAGGACAGAGACAAUGGACUCAGAAAAUGCAAAUAGUGACAUGGAUAAAGGACAGAGAGACCCGUAUUCUGGAAAUGCCUUUCUGCCGGGUGAGAGCUCCAGUGAGGAUGAAGAGCCUUUAGCAGAAUUGUCGAAGGAAGAAUUGUGCACCAAGAUAAAAAGCUUGAAAGAAAAACUAACAAACACCCGCAAAGAAAACAGCCGACUUCGACAGUCUUUGGUCAUGCUUCAAGUGUUACCACAGGCAGUCACUCAAUUUGAAGAACUGGUUGGUAUGGCAGAGGCCCUGCUUAAGGGUGGAGGAAGCAUGUCUACAUCAGCGUCUACUCUCUGGAGAGCAACAAACAACUCCUCACCAGACUCAUUUGCAUCAGUGUGCAGUAAUUCCAAUUCUAAUUCCAGUUCACCAAUUUCCUUGAAGGCUGAGGAAGAGCAUCAUGUUGAUGAGAAACAGUUCAAGAUUGAAAAAUGGCAGAUUGCCCGCUGUAAUAAGAGCAAGCCUCAGAAGUUUAUUAAUGAUUUAAUGCAAGUACUUUACACGAAUGAAUACAUGGCCACACACAGCCUGACGGGGGCUAAAUCCUCUACUUCAAGGGACAAAGCCGUAAAACCAGCUAUGAAUCAGAAUGAAGUUCAAGAAAUCAUAGGAGUAACAAAACAGUUAUUUCCCAACACAGACGAUGUUUCAAUUAGGCGAAUGAUAGGGCAAAAACUAAACAACUGUACCAAGAAGCCAAAUUUAAGCAAAAAUCUUAACUCUCAGGAUAUCAAAUAGAUACUUUUGGUAAUAUAGGUACCAGAAACAAGCUUGUUCAUUUCUAAAUCUAGCAUUGGAUUUUGUCAGAGAAUCUCCAACCUCACUGGCAGUGAGCCCAGAGAGACACGUGCAGUGAUGGUUGUAAGACAUGUACACUAUCGUUGGGCUGUUCUGAUGGAGCGACAGGCUUACUGAAGAAGCUGCAUGUAGAUUCUACUCUAAGUACCAGUGACGCACCAAACUAGAGGAUUUCUACCAGUCGAAUAAGCAUGCAGUAUAUUUUCUUUGGAAAUAUGUAUUUCCCUAUCCCCAAAUACUUCUCCAUACAGCUAACCUAACAGGAUACUCUCUUAUAGCAACAAAGAUUUCAACUCUGAAGAUUAAUUAUUGUUUUAAACAAACCAUGUACGUUUAUUACCAGCGACUACCAUUAUAAUUUUUGGAUCUUUAGCAUAAGCACAUGUUUGGAAAAUAAAUGGUGAAAUAACCAACGUUGACAAAUGUGACAGCAGCAAAGCUCAUCUAAGAUCAGAUGAUCAUGCCUAACCAAGUCAAAAUGUUUUAGCAAUAAAAUUACAGGAUUAUCCUGUUCUCUAAAAAUGUAUAAAAUAAGAAUAUGAAAAAAAAUGAUGGCAGCAAGGCCUUUUUAUUUUCAUAUUAAACGAUUCCACCUCAUUACAGAAAAACAACCCCAUGUUUUUGUGAUUGUUAAAACAAAGCAUCAACUUUCAGAAUAAUCUUUUCCUUUGCUUAUUUAUAAGACAGGCUUCUAAUUUUUUUCUUAUCUAAACUAUUAAAUGUAAAUAUGUAAUAUGAAACAUUAAUUAUCACCAAAAACAUCCUAUAUAUGAUGCAACAUUAUAUGUAUUUGGUCAGUUAUUUUGCUACACUGCUUAGUUUUAACUGGUUUACUUUCGUUGUAGCAGAAAAUGAAAAAUAAAUCAUAUGGGUUUGAUUAUCACACAAAAAGAAAAAUACCAUUUCGUAAAUUAGCAAAAGAUAAAAUAUUCAUCAAGAGCCUUCUAACUUGAUGUUAGGUUGUCACAUGGGACCACUCUGCUAUACAAAGCCAUGCUUCUUCAGUACACAAGGUCACGUUUAAACUUGAGAAAGAGGAUGCUAUAAAAGUUAAAAGUUCAGUAUUGUGGACCCAGGGAACAUUCCAUAAAUGUUGCUUGAUAAUAAUGUGGUUGUACAAAAUAAAUGUUUUAAGGAAAAAACUUAUGUAACAUUUGCUACUUUUACU